AUGUAUGUGUGGGUUCAGCAGCCCACAGCACUUCUGCUCCUGGGACUCACACUUGGAGUUACAGCGAGGAGGCUCAACUGUGUUGAAAAUACCUACCCAAGUGGUCACAAGUGCUGUCGUGAGUGCCAGCCAGGCAAUGGUAUGGUGAGCCGCUGUGAUCACACCAGGGACACUAUAUGUCAUCCAUGCGAACCUGGCUUCUACAAUGAGGCUGUCAAUUAUGAUUCCUGCAAGCAGUGUACACAGUGCAACCAUCGAAGUGGAAGUGAACUCAAGCAGAAUUGCACACCUACUCAGGAUACUGUCUGCCAAUGUAGACCAGGCACCCAACCCCGGCAAGACAGCGGACACAAGCUUGGAGUUGACUGUGUUCCCUGCCCUCCUGGCCACUUUUCUCCAGGCAACAACCAGGCCUGCAAGCCCUGGACCAAUUGUACCUUAUCUGGAAAGCAGACCCGCCACCCAGCCAGUAACAGCUUAGACACAGUCUGUGAGGACAGAAGCCUCCUGGUCACACUGCUCUGGGAGACCCAGCGUACUACAUUCAGACCAACCACCACUGUCCAGUCCACCACGGUCUGGCCCAGGACUUCUCAGUUGCCCUCUACAACCACCUUGGUGGCUCCUGAGGGCCCUGCAUUUGCUGUUAUCCUUGGCCUAGGCCUGGGCCUGCUUGCUCCCUUGACUGUUCUGCUGGCCUUGUACCUGCUCCGAAAGGCUUGGAGAUUGCCUAACACUCCCAAACCUUGGGGAAACAGCUUCAGGACCCCUAUCCAGGAGGAACAGACCGACACACACUUUACCCUAGCCAAGAUCUGAGCAAUACCACAGGAGUGGAUUUUAUGGGGCGUGGACAACCCAUAUGCUGAUGCCUGCCAGCACCCUCCACACCGUUCUAGGUGCUGGGCUGGCU